AUGGACAAGUAUGGCGUCAUACAGAAUGCUGAGAAGAAUGACGCUGUCUUCACUGACAGACUUAAGCCAGCCAAUCUUGAGUGCAUCGCGCCGCUCUCGGUGUCAUCCAAUUUCUCUGCAUCGUCCUCACCCGACCAACCGUUUCGGUCCACUCGACUUGGUCCAGAUGUCGACGCACAAUUCUCCCAUCUUCUAACUCUAACUACACUAUUUGCCCCUCGCUUGUUCGAACUACCGCUGGACACCAGUUCGUUUCGUGUUCCAGUCGCGUGUAGACACAUUCGUUAGGCGCGACGACUUGUGGUCGGGUGUUCGCAUUAUAUCGUGCUUUCAUUUUCGUCUAUUUUACAAUGACUCUAUCAUACGUUGAUGGGUUAAGCAAGUCAAGUCGUGUGCGCAACUGCUGCUUGAAUAUCAAUUCUGCAGACGAAGCACCAGUUGAGUCGUUUGGUGUUAUGCGAUAGCUGAACAGAAAUCGUGACAACUUGGUGGCCAACUCCGCUUCCGUCUGCUUGGCAAGUCCGUGCUUUAUUGUCUGGACUGCACUCUCUGCGAGUUCAUUAGAGGCAGCGUGGUUCGGGGCAGUAGUUAAAUGUCUAAUUUUAUUUUUCUCCAUGAAAUCUUUAAAUUCUGCACAAGUAAAGGCCGGACCAUUGUCCGAAACGACCAUUUCAGGUAUCUCAAAAGUAAAAAACGGUUCGCAAGAAUUUCCUAUCGGAAUUGCAUCAAUCCAUUUAAUGUGGGCGUCAAUUACCACCAAAACCAUAUGGCCUUGGAAUGGCCCAAAAUAAUCGACGUGUACCCUCUUCCAGGGCGAGCCGGGCCAGACCCAAGGCUUCACAGGAACCUUCGGUGAGGUCCUCUGUGUUAUUUGGCACACGUGACAUGCUUGCACCACGUUUUCUAUAUCUACGUCAAUUUUGGGCCACCAAACAUAUCUGCGUGCGAGGGCUUUCAUUCUGACUGUUCCAGGAUGGGCAUUUUGCAGGUCUCUGACGAUGGCCCGUCGGUCUUGUGGUGGCAAAACUACACGAUUAUCCCAUAGUAUGCAUCCAUCUUGCAGACUUAACUCGUUCUGCCGGCUGAAGAAUGGUUGAAAAUCAGGAGAGGUAGAGGACGGCCAGUCAGAUUGUAAGGCUCUUUUUACCCGACUUAGAAGAGGUUCUUUCGAUGUUUACUAUCGAAUUUGUUGAGGGGUUACGGGUGCGUUGACUGGGUUCUGCAAAAGAUUUACGGUCUCAAAACAGGUGCUCCGUUAUAAUAAAAUCACUGACACAUUCGAUCUAGAUAAUGAAUUGGCUUGCCAGUUACUUUCUUUUUAAGUAGUGUUUGCUUCUUUACUCUUAUUCAAUAGUCCUAAAUAAGGGGUGGACUCACGCUCUCGCACUUACGUCUUUCUUUCAAAUUCUGUAGAUUGUCGGCUUACUUUUAACAGGCUCAAAUAUACAUUGACAUUUCAAUAUUGCACCUACUUACCGUUGGGCGGAUUUUGACCGCUCCUCAGUACGAAUCACAUAGCUGAGAAGCAAUGAACUUUUUCGUUCGUUUGGUUUAUUUGGUACUUUUUGGGUUCAUCUCUCUAGGUUAGCGUAUUGGCACGCUUGACGGAACCGCAGGUUCACAUGUACUUUGGCUGAAAAUAAUCUGACUAAUUUGGGUGCGAACGGUGUCUAAAGUCUGCCUAAACAUCAACAAGGCAGUCUUUACCUAGUCCAUAAAAUAGAUCUGUUAGAGGCAAACUUAAGAGAUUGUCGAGACUCCCGCCACGCCGACCAAUGUUAGUUGAUUAUCCGUCGCAUAUUUGCAACUAUAGUAGGCCUAGCCUGAGUUCCCGCGUGGCCGCCUCCUGACAGCAGCAUGCAUCAUUGGGGAUAUUUAAGGGUGGGCCGAAAAACGACUGCGAAGGAAAGCAAUUAGUUCUGCCAAACCUUGGUUCGCAAAAACGACAUUGCCGCGAUUGAUCCUUUAACCCUGCGUUCUUCACCCGAUGUUAGGCUACCUCGUUCCGCCCUCCGGAAAACUGGUUCACCUGAAUUAGAUGCCAACGAACCUUCACUUCUAAUUUAAUAUUUUAAACUGUCAUGAGUGGUCGCGAAUAAAUAAAAUUCGCAGUUUUUAGCGUGUAAUGACCGAUACAAUGAGCAUCACAUAAAAUUAGGCAAGCUCACGCGCAUUUAGGUCGAAACUAUCCAUUGACGGUCUAAACAACCGUUCUGGAUACUGCUAUGGCCGCCACAUUAAGUCCUGUUAAAACGCCUUCUUUCGGUUUCUCGGAAGUUUCUCAACGUAUAGACAUGACUGUCUUUGAGUUGCCAGUGCCAGUGGUCCAAUCCUGUGUCGCACCACCCUAUCGUAGAUGGGAGAGAACUUUUUAGGACACGUAACACUCUGGCGCAAUAUGGUCGCUCAGCCUGGAAACUAUAAUUGAUAGGAUCUUCAUUCGUGACCGGCGCAAAUGACACACUCGCCACCGAACUGCCAAAAUUUUACCUCUAAGAUUAUUUUAAUCAGGUAGACAAUGCCCUCGCACGCUGUGGUCCAAAUCGGUCUGUAUCCGGCCUCGACAUGGUGCUACUGCUAGUUGACAUCACGAGUUAUCCGCACUGUUUUGCCAAUAGAAGAAAGUAGUUGUGAGAAGAGAGGGUUAGAAUGGUGCCGCGCAUGUCCUCUUCAUUAUAGUUCGCUCGAAGUUCUCUACUGGACCCUGAAACACUGUUAUUUGUCGCCAUGAAUUCCUUUUAAUUCUUCUUGCACGUUAAGUGAUUAGCGUAUUGCUGUGCAAGCUUAAACACCCCAACUCCCAGAAAAGGCGAUUAAAGGUUAAACCGAUUAGUUUGUCCUUUUUGUAUUGUUACUCCGCGUGUCAUAUCACUUUAUCGCAACUGGUUUGUGCCUUUUUUUAUUCAGCUUGGUCCUCUACCCAAUGCCCCUCUUUAAGCGAAAGAUGCCUCCUGAGUGUCAAAGGAUCCUCGAGAGCAAACUUCAUAUUGUACGUCAGUUUCCUCUUGUUGUUUCUGUGCCAUUGUACAAUAAAGCUCCCCAACUAGAACCGAAAAACGCCUUUAUUUCCUUAAAAAGUAGGAAAAGCAGUCAGAGGAAAUUGUCUUCCUCAAUUAGCGCCGGUAUUAUGCCCUUCUCUCCAUUUUUUAUGUACACUUUGUAAGUGGGUUUGCUGGUUGUGUUAAUUACUCUUGCUUACCAUUGUUACAAUAUAAAAGAUGAUAGCCGACCCAGCUGGAAUAUAAUGGAUAGCUGAAUCAUAAUAAGCAGUCCGGCCAUGCUAUCUCGUUUAUUCAUUUACCCGAAUCCGUCCUUUUGCUAAUGAACUCGGAAAAUUUUAUUAGCGCGAUAUAUUAAUGUUUUCUUUAAUGCCACACGACUGCUAUUCAGAAGAGUUUUUGUGGCUUCCUCUUUGGCUCUAUGCCCACUUUUUCGAAACAGACCGAUAUUGUUUUAAUCAAGGUUUCUCAUCCUAUUUUUAUUUCUAUUUGCAGGCUCGGGAGUCACGGGACUCUGUUUUUGAUCUGUCGGACUGUAAUCUCUCGCAAGUAAGUACUGACCUUGUUGCCUAGCUAACUUUCAUUCCCCUGUCGCGCCAGCUUCCGCGUGGAGUUGAAUCUCAGGUGAGGGUUUUCCAGAAAACAAUACUUAUACUCCACGGCAACUGCCUCCAGCGAAUUUGCAAUUCUGGCAGGCCUGAGGACCUCGUUAACCUUGUUCACCUCGAUUUGCACGCCAAUCAAUUCUCCGAAUUUCCCCCGGAGAUCCUCAUGAUGCACUCGUUGCAGGCAAGUGAUGCCUCCGUUAAUAUUUAUCUCUUCCAGAUCCUAAAUAUGAGUCACAAUAAACUGCGCAGUUUGCCAACUGAGCUGGGAGGCGUGCGGAGUCUAAGAACACUCAAUUUCGAGGGUAUGUUGGCUCUGUCGUUUUCCCUGGAUAAAUUCUUUUCUCAGUAUAUGAUGCCGAUCACAGUAACCUCAGCGCGGUCUUCACCAAUGUGGCGGAGGUUUUCAGCCUUCGAUGUACGGCCCUCGACGACGGCCACACAUCGGAGAUAAGUCUUCGAUCAAUAAGUAUUACAAAUAACAACAAGGGACACUAUAAAUGGCCAUUUUUGGCGUAUUUGCCACCGCCUGUCAGUCAAAACAUAAACCCCAGGCUCUGGACCUGAGACCAUUUAGUCAUUAUGCAAGGUGAUCUACCACUGCGCCACCCCCUGCUUGCCACACACGUGUCUGAUCCUAUUUUGGUUUGAGGAAAAAGCGUGGUUUUCGGGCAGGACUGGUCGAUUUGUCAGAUCAGUGUCCAACCAAACCUGAAGGUAUUAGGACUCUGUGUUCUAUGGCUGCCUGUUCGUCAGACCUGAGAGUCUACUUGCCUCUCGGCCAGUCAUCAACGAAGAUUUUUCCACUAUCAGCUCCAGCUUAGCUGCACAUGGGCUGACAGGUAGACCCCAUACUUCGAGAGUUCUCAUUACCUCAGAGCGUUGACGCGUGGUAUGAUGGCGACACCAGGAGACAAAGUGGACAGUUUUGGUCCCGACCGACUUUUAUUUAUACUUUGGGAUUGAGUUGCCGUACUGACAGCACAGUUACUAGCUAAAGGCCUGAACAUUUGUUUCUCUGAUUUUAUGGUGCUACAUGACAACAGCAAGGGACUCGACUCAUCAAUGAGUCUCCCAGCGUUUAUAUUUGGUUCCUGGCAUAUGAAUACUUACAGUAGGUGUGUUAACUCAUGAAAUAUUAACUGAAAUUCUGAAAUGUGUUUUCGUUUCGAAAAGAUUACUUAAGUAGGGUUUUAAGAUUACUCAUCUUACAACAUAAUUCUACACUCGGGAUGCAGGCUUCUGAAUGAACUUCUUUUCGGCCUCCUGCAAAACCCACACUGUAAAAUGGCUCCCUCCUCAGUUUCUUUACUUCUUUUCUGAUGUAGACAAUUCGUUGUCCAGUCUGCCGGAUUCCCUCGGCGAUCUCAAAAAUCUGCAUGAACUCUAUCUGGCCAAAAAUCCCCUGCAAGCCCUGCCUGUCCGUCUAGGAUGCCUCCGGAAGUUAAAGAAAUUGACCGUUCCCCUCGACUCCCUCUUGACUCCUCAAAGAGGUAGGACGGCAUUGUGCAUUAAAUAGCUUUAACGGCACUCUAACGUCAAGCGAGUGUUUUGUGUCCUUCCCCUGUUAAGAUCACCUCAACACUCCGUCAUGUCGUGUGUACUUUUAUGCUGCUCUCCCGUUAUUCACAUGUUCAGGUCACUAAGGCAAACGUUCUCCUACGCGCCCACGCGCAGACCGUCUUAGUUGUCUGUCGUCCCCAUCCGCCGCGCAGAACGGGGACUGUAUCAGCACUUAUGCUCGUGUAUUCGCGUUUGCAGCAGUCGGCCGGUUUCCCCAACGUAGUUGCACAUACAGCAGCUGCACUGAAGCCGGUAGACAACGGCCGACAUCUCCUGCUUAGGGAUCGGGUCUUUUGGUUAAUCUGAAAUGUGAUUCCGGUUGGAGAGCUUUACUUAAGUGAGGUUAUAAUGCUGGUUCUCAUGCAGCAUAAUCCCAUGACCAUUCAACCACAGCCGGAUACCGACUUUUGAAUGUGCGUCUUUCCGGAUGCGUGCGGAAAUUUUCUCUAGCAAAAAAUGAAUACUUAAGUAGCAUGAUUUUCCGAUUGAUUUUCGAUGCUCUUAUAAAGCAAAGUAUACUAUAUUGAGAACAUUCACAAAAUAAUAUCCCUUCCUGUAAUCACUUUUUUGUCCAAUUAUCUCGUCAAUUUUCUGCGCGAAGAAGGGAUUGCUUUCAAAUUUAAAAAGUUUCUGAGCAAGAGACUUUGGGAAUCGGGAAGUUUGUUCGAAUGGCAUCGUGUCUGUCCGUUUAUUAAUGCUGAUUAUGAAGUAUACAACGUGAUUCAUACCCACUGCUAAAUUGUGCGUGUCAUACACGGUGUUAGUAUUCUUUAGAUUUUUCUUUAUUCAAUGCUAGUUUAUUCGCCGGAAUAGACGCACCCGAGGUCAAAACUGUGUCAGAGGACAGUCGGGAUAACUCGGAUAUUCUUCGUGAUUCUACUGUAAUAAAUAGCUAGAUUAGCGGACCAUAGUGCACUGAACUCACAUCUUGAAGUCGAUUGCGGGUGUGAAAUGGUGAAUAAGGCGGAGAAUAAAUUGAAAAGUAUACGUACAUUCGAGGUGAUUAGACGAGCAGUCAGCAAAUGACACCAAAGUGUGGUGGUCGAUUUAAAAGCGAGCGGCGACAAAGAACAAUGAACAAAGAAGGACGAGGACCGACGAGCGGGGAUGCAGAGACAAUGACAGGGUGGAAUGAGUAAAGUCUGGUUACUAACAAGCGGUUAGUAGCAAAGAAAAACAAGAAUACGCAAUCGACAUCAGGGAUGACACAUACAGUACCCUAGUAAUAGUGCGUAAUUUUUUUAAAAUGGAAAGUGUACAGCCUGAGACGCAAGCGCAACGGCAGGUCGGGUUUGAAGUUUUUCGGGAAUUGGAUCACUUUCCAAAUCUGUAAGAUAUCAGUCCGUCGAGUAAAAAAUUAAAGAAGGCGAAAUUGAAUGCCAAAUCAGUACAAGCGUGUGCAUGCUUUACAUGACAUAUGUGUGGAUUUACCCUGAAGGCUAAAACCGAUGAAAAAAUUCAUGCUGCUUAAGUAUUCUUUCUCUGACGAGUGCGAUAUUUAUAAACGGUAGGUAGGAUGCGCUCCCAAAAACUGACGUCCUGCAGUGACUGAAAUAUAGGAUUAAGCUGCAUGAUAAUCAGUAUUUCAACUUCACAUAAAUUACCCUACCUAUCGUAUACAUUGCCUAAAAAUAGUUGGUCAGUUGUUUUACGUCCCACGCUUCGAAUUUCUUUGUCCGACUGAGUCUUAAUAAACGACUGUGUAGUCAGUCGGGAACACAGGUCGUCAGCAACCCAGUUGAUGUGAAUCGAUCAUUUGUCACGUUGGAGAUGCCAUCUCUCCUUAACUCGGUCGGGCUGACUAACGUCGGCGUCGAAGUGGCCAGCAGAAGAGGUGGAUCGGCGUUGAGAAAGUGGCGCUCGAGCUCAUCUCUGGGUCCCUGGUUUUCCUUGGGAUUAGGAUGUUGACCAAUUCAAAUUGACCUCCUCAGCUGUCCCUGACCGACUAAAAUGGAAGGCGAUCGUUCACAAUGCACUGAACUUACAUCUUUAAGUCGAUCGCGGGUGUGAAAUUGUGAAUACCAUCACGAGUUUAGCCAUUUAGCUCCAGUACAGAUUGACCUUGGAUUUCCUACAGCAGACGAACUACUUUUUACGUCCACCUCAACUGCACUUCCACGAAUAUCUUUUCUCCGCACUUGCAUUGACAGCAUUGCGCGGACCUCUGAAGUACCACUGCUUAUCUUUAUAUAAGAUCUUUUUCAUACCUCUUUGUAGACGUGUGUGAGGGCGGGAUCUCCGCCAUCCUCUCCUUCCUUCGUCGAGGUAAUUUUUUCAUCUGGACCCAAUCAAUUAUUCAUCACCAUUGUUGCCUGUUGUUUCUUGCGUAAAUUUAGUGGUGACCUUGUCAAAACAGGUGUCCUUCACCGCCUGUAGUCUUAUGGUCAUUGGUUGCACGAGCCUCUGCGCCACUGCAGCCAUGUCACUUCCCUAUCUGGGGCAUUUUGUUUUUCAUUCUGACUCUUCAGACUGUCACCUAGUCGAUAAAACUGACAAGGCUAGUUUUCUCCUUACCUGCUUCGCGCAGUAAGUCUCCGUACUUCACUCACUGAUGCAUACUGAAUCGCCAAUCCGCCACCAGGUUAGCUGCAGGUGUUUGGACACAAAAACAGACAACAUCUGGUUUCUUUGGAAGCAGGGUUUGUCCGUCGCCUACCCCUGAGCCCUCUUCUGAUCGCACGCAAAUUGGUUUGGGCUGGUACUGUGACUAAAAGUGCUUUAAAGAGACCUGAAAGGCAGGACUUUGGAACAUUUUUGGAUGAAAGUCGAAUUCAGAUGGACCAGCUUUGCAAGUUGGGGGAUGUUCGUUUUACGAGCUCCGGUAUACCAGUCCAGCUUCCGCGGCCUCUACAAUUCUCGCAAAUGCCCGUACGACUCAGCCAAACGCUGUUGGCCUUUUGAAAACGAAACUUACUUUCUUCACGCAGGUAAAACAAAGAAAGGUAGCAAACCGACGCCGCACUUACUUUACUUUCACCGCGUUUUGAUUUUUUUCAUUAGGCAGGUGAGGCAAUCAGCUGUCCUGUGAGUAUGUUUAUGAACUAACAAGUAUUUGACCCAGAAGAUAAUUGGUAAACUAGCGAAUUCUCGUAUCUUUUAGAUAGAUUUCUGAAUCCCGAGUAGUCUGGGAUGUUUUCAGCCCGCUAAGUUUGAGGAGCCGGUCGGUAACUUAAGUCAAGUUGAUAAAGUUGCGGUCUUUGUGACAACUGUUGUCCUUUUUCCCUGAUGUGGAAAGGAGUGUGGAUAUCGCCUUGUAAAGCCGUUUGCCUUGAUUGUCGUUUGCUCGUCAAUCUCAUUCAAACGAAUCCACCGAUGGGCGCGCCGUCUAUCAGUUCACACCCUAUGGACUCGAUUCGUCAUGUUUUUUUCAGUUCUGAUGUCUUAUGUGCAAGUUGACCCAUUUUCUCUACUGCUGUAUUCCCCUCAGCUGGAAACAUCCCCGACAAAGUUGAAUCGAAGAUUGACGAACCUGAGUCUCGAUCCGCAUCACUGUCAAUUUCAACUUCUGACGAUCCCUUGGACGUAAGUAUACACCAUUGGCCGAUAAAGUGAACCACUUCACCUUAUCUCUGCAUGCUGUCGCUGAGGUAUGCGUUUUAUUUUUUUUCGAUUAUUCCAUGCAUUCGAGAGAGCGAGCCUGACUGGGUGCUCAUUCCUGGUAAUCUGAGAAUUCUCCGAAGAUGCUUUACGGGAUUGAAAUCGGACUUAGAUGGUCAUGGGAGGCAUUUGAUGUCUUGAGGGCUUUUGAACGCUUGAAGAGUGCGGGAUCGAAGAGCCAGUGCGUAUUCGCUGUGUAAAACUGGUUCAGUCUGGCCUGAGCUAUCGGGGAGACAGGUGCAAUCGCUGUAACUCCACGUGGCAUAACGUACGCGGUGGGAAAAGCUGACUACUUAUCCCUCAACCCAGGACAGCUGCUUAAACAUGAUGGAAUCUCUAUCACCACGAACAGUCGAGAUACUCAUCGACAUCCAAGCCCCGACCAGUUUCUCAAUCCUUCUCAGUCUAGGCCGUGACUCAUCAUGGGAAAACUACUGCAGAAAUUCAAACUUAUUGUUUGGGGUGAAUGCACAAUGGCACACAAAAACGCUCGAGGCCCUUGACCGAUCAUUGCGAGAUUUGCAUGGAAACAGCAGACCAUUUGAAGACGCAUUGCUACUGUUUGCAGGAGACUCGGGCAAACACUGCCUGUAAUUCCUCGAUCGACACCAGCCGACGAAAGAAAUGCCUGCCUGACAUACUCCACGUUGUGGCGCCACCUCCAGACGUUAAAAUUUACUACGGAUAUGCGUGUCCGGCUACAAAACGACUGAACAGCUGAGAUAUUCUCACACCCAUUGCUGGCAGUUGGGAACGGAUCGGUGCCGGUUGAUCCGACUUCAGGACGCAUUUCACUACCUCCUACAUCAGGCAGUUUAGUGUCGUCAAAAUAAGAAUAGGUUACAAAGGUACUUCCCAAUAUUCAAACCAAUUAUACGAAUCACGAUUGCCUGAGCGAACGAGAUAUUCUUGCAGCCAAGAACAAAGAAGUCUACCUACAUAACCAUACUAUUCAGUAUAAAGUUCAAGGCGGGGCAGUUCCCAUGCACGUCCGUCGACACUGUUGUGGAAGCAGACGAGGCAGUUAAUUGUAUUACAGAAAUUUUGAAUUCGCUUGAUCUGCCAGGGACGACGGCGCGGUUACUGUAAUUGAAAAUCGGUGUGCCGGUUAUCAUGCCGCGAAAAAUCAGCCAGCCGAAACUUACCAACGGCACGCGACUUGCAGUAAAACCAUUAGUGAACAACGUAUGGGGAGCCAAUAUCUCGACAGGACCUUUUAAAGGAGAGCAUAUCCUUAUCCCUCGCAUUCCUAUGAUUCCAACCGACAUGCCAUUUCGAUUUAGAAUGCUGCAUUUCCCGAUUCGACUGGCGUUUGCAUUCACGAUCAGCAAAGCUCAGGCCCAGUCCUUAGAAUUGUGCGGUUUAGGAUCUGCAAACGGAUUGCUUCUCAAAUAGCCAAUUUUACGUUGCGUGCUCCCGAGUCAGCAAAGCAGACAAUAUUUGUGUCUGCACAGACAACGCAACGGCAAAAAUAUCUUAUACCCACAAUAAUUAUGCAUAUAAACAUAUCAGAAACGUGUCCCCUUCCGCUUUUCUUUCUUUCGCAUUUCGUCAGACUGAGCCACAGCAACGCUUGUCGGGGUCCAGCUAGUACUCCAUAAAAAUGACUACUGAAGUAGCAUGCAUUUUUUUUCAUUGAUUUUCGAUGCCCUUAAAGUUUGGCCAUAUUUUAUUAAAGACACGCAUGAAAAUAUUCAUUCUUUUUCUCGUUCAGUAGAAAAUGGCGUCUUCGUUUAAUUUUGCAUUCGAAGGAAGGGUAUAAUUUAGUUCUAUAAAACUUUUCCAAUUGCCGAAUAAUUUUGAACCCAACCUGCCGUUACAAAUGUAUUCAGGAUUCCCAAACUACAAGCCGUAUAAUUUCCGCGUACGGAAAACCAUGCAGAUCUCUACGGUAAUAAAGGGGGACCAUAUAGGGUUCAUAAAAUUAAGCAGUGGAUUUGAGCCACAUCGUUAACUUUACAAGUCACAUUGGUAAGUGCAGGGACAUGACGUUUUAUGAAGGGCCAUUUCACGGUAUUAAAAAAAUCUCACAAUUAGAAACUUUUUUAAAACCGAAUUAUACCCUCUCUUCGAGUGCAAAAUUGAAAUAAGACGUAAUUUUAAACCGAAUGAGCAAAAGAAUGGAUAUUAUUAUGCAUGUCUUCCAUGAAAUAUAAUUGAAUCUUUAAGGGCAUCGAAAAUCAAUGGAAAAAUGCAUGCUAGAUAAGCAGUUAUUCUUUACGGAGUAUGUUUUAUAGAUGCAGCAGGAAAGAAGUUUGUUCGAAAGCUGGCGUCCGGGGGUAACUGAAUUAUCAUAGAAUUAUGCUUCACUAUGAUUAGUUUUACAACCCUAGUUAAUUAAUCUUUUCGAAACGGAAACGCAUUUUGGAAUUUCGGUUGACAUUUCAUGAGUUAGCCCACCUACUGAGGUCAGUGGCGCGCCUAGGCUCUGGCCCAUGCCCCGCCGGCCACCUGCACCCGAUGCCACCUCUAGUCUUCUCGCUUCGGUCACGAUACCGGACCCAGAAAAGUGAGGGGGAAGAGAGUGUGGUGGACGCAGCCCAAGUGUACUAUCACUACAAACUAGUUCACGUGCAAGUUACCGUCCUACACUGCUGUGGGGCACACGGUGGGCCUCCUCGAGAACGACCGUCGAAAGGUUGACUUCGUCACUGGAAACAGACUCAUCCCCCCCCCCCACUUACCUAAUUACCCGGUCCAAGCAAGAUUUCGGCACUGGAUAGGGCGGGGAAAAGAUCAUUGCGAUUGUGGGUGAACUGGGGGCUGCAGAAACAUGACUGAAACGGCUUGUGACUCAUGGAGUUGUCGCGCUCUGGGGGAUUUCAGCCUCGUCGAACCUGGGAGUACAGUAAGUGGGCUAACUCAUGAAAUCUCAACAGAAAUUUCGAAAUGCGUUUUCGUUUCGAAAAGAUAAAUGAAGUAGGGAUGUAAAACCGAUCACCGUGCAGUAUAAUUCUAUAAUAUUUCAGUUACCUCAGGAUUCCGGCUUUCGAAUGAACUUCCUUGCGGCUGCAUCCAAAAACCAUACUCCGUAAAAAAUGACUACGUAGGUAGCAUGCAUUUUUUCAUUGAUUUCCGCUGCCAUUAAAGAUUUGAUUAUAUUUCAUAGAAAACAUUCAUAAAAAUAUUCAUUAUUUUGCUGAUUCAGUAGACAAUUACGUCUCCUUUCAAUUUUAUACUCGAAGAAGGAGUAUAAUUUGGUUUUAUAAAACUUUUUUCAAUUCCCGAAUAAUUUUAAGCCCGACCUGCCGUCACACUUGCAUUCAGGGUUCCCAAACUACAAGCCGUAUAAUUUCCGCGUACGGAAAACCAUACAUUCCUCUACCGUAUUAAGAGGGAACCAUAUGGGGUUCAUAAAAUUUGGCAGUGGAUUUGAACCACAUUGUUACCUUUACAAGCCACACUGGUAACUGCAGAGACAUGACGUUAUAUGAACGUGCAUUUCACGGUCUUAAAAAUCUCACAAUUAGAAACUUUUUCAAAACCGAAUUAUAGCCUUCCGUUGAGUAUAAAAUUUGAAGAAGUAAUUUACUAUCAAAUGAGAAAGGGAGUGAAUAUUUUUGUGGAUAUUUUCCAUGAAAUAUAAUUGAAUCUUUAAGGGCAUUGAAAAUCAAUGAAAAAACACGUGCUACUCAAGUAGUUAAUUUUUACGAGUAUGGUUUUUAGAUGCAGUCGGAAAGACGUUUGUUCGAAAGCCGGCGUCCUGGGGUAACUGAAUUAUGAUAGAAUUAUGGUGCACGAUGAUUGGUUUUACAUCCCUACUUAAUUUAUCUUUGCGAAACGAAAACGCAUUUCGGGAUUUCGGUUGCCCUUUCAUGAGUUAGCCCACCUACUGUAUAGCGGAGUCCUGUCAGAUGGCGUUUUCCCUCCCACCGCUGAUGUCUCUCCGGAGUAAUCUUCGUGUUCCUCCUGCACAGUUGUUCCACCUUCAACUGCGCCAGACUGCCGAACGACUCCAGGCGCCGUCAGUGGCGUUUCUUAUGAUGUCUCUCCACGCGUGGGGACUUAAGGGGGCGGAUCUGCUGGACUCGUCGCACUCAGCUAAGACCAGAUAAACUUUUGCCCAAGAACCAUCUCCAUGCCUCAACAGGGCACGUCAAGCCACCUUUGAACUGACCUGUUCGUCAUCUCUAGUUUGAGAACGACAACAAUUCAUACGACGCGCGCCAGUUAACGCGCCCAAAAUAAUCUUGACCGAACUUCUUUGGUGGCACGGGAUAUUCUUGCAGGGGUUUUGCAGCACAUGUCAGAGGAAGCCUGCACACUUCACCCUGGGUCCUUUUCAGGCAAAGGUGGGUGAAAACCCCCGAUGUUCUGACUGGGAAGAUGCCCUCCACUCGUGGAUCGCAGUUACCGCUGAGACAUCGCCACGAGUCUAUUGAGACCUUUAAAAGCCCACAGAAACCAAUCAGCCACCAUCUACUCGAGCCAUUCUUCUUUUAUUAUUCAUUCGUUCUGGCAACAACUUUGUGUCGAGCUAGUUGAAUUUUCUGAACGUCUACCUUUUGCAAGUCUUGUUCAAACUAUGCAUAAGAGGUGCACUGUCUAGCUCGAUCUCUAAGUAUUACACCAUGCAACCGAAGUAAUCCAAACAACAGGACUUCGUAGCCCUAGCCUUGCUGGUGGUUUCCGACUGACCUACUAUCUGACUCUGGGGAGGGAGGGAAACCGGUCAUUCGGAAUGUAUUGCAUCGUUUUCAUGGAACCAGGCUGGCUAAUUUUACUCGAAUACGGCUACCAGCACAGGUAAAGGUAAGUUGAAUAACUGACGAUAUGCGUUGAGGUCAGUGUUCUGACGUAUUCGGAGCCGUCAGAAGAGUCCCAUCCUAUUCCUGCAUGUGCACCGACGGUUGUUAGAAUUUUUGAACAAGAAGCCAUCGAUGGGGUUGCUUAGCUUCAAAUUGGCCACUGGGGGGAGGGGCAUAAACGGUUACAGGGGCGGAGUCGAGGUUGGUGACGAAGUAAUGCCUGUUGCAGUUGGUGGCAGCUUACGUGAACUCGGGUUUCGCAGUUGUGACACCGAAGAGUCCAUAUUUUUUCAUUUAUAGACGCUGCAGGUAUAGGCAAGCCAGGCUGGUUCCCCCAUUGUUAGGUCGGUUUCUGGGGGGUUGGUAUUGCGUAGCUUCUUAGAUUUGGAUGUUUUGACUCGCGGGGGUAGCCUCGACCAAUAUACCCACUGAUCUGUGUCGAAAGGGACUAUUACUCGAAGGCUCGCAGCAUAGUAGUCAUUUGAACUGCUGGGUUGCCUCGCGAGCCAGUUCGUGAUUCUGCAUUGAGGGCGUAUGGAACACGCGUUGUUGUUGUCGUCGUCAUGUUGGACUUUGAUCUGUACAAGGUGUUAUUGCUCUUUUUUCCUGCAUUCCCGCUGCCAGACUGCGGACUCCGCCUUCUACGCGCAUCAGCUGGCUGUGAAACGACGCCACAAUGAGAAUUUACACAAAGAACUCGUGGCUGCCCAGAGGGCAGAGGCGCUCGCCGCGCAAAGGGCCCUCAAAUCGCGGAACGCUGUCCUCCACCAACUGGUUGAGGUGAGUGCACACAGUCACCUAGGGCAAGAAUGAGGAGGAGGGGGGGGGACUGUGUGUAGACCACCGGCCCACCUGCUCAGCCUCUGUCAAGUUUGUUGUCCCCCUGCCCCCCCCCCCACCUCUGUUGUUUUCGUCGUGGUUACGAGAAUGUACCUGCCGAGACUUUUUUACAGGAGGGCAGCCGCAAUGAUGCGGAGGUCUGCUUGCUGCAGCAAAAACGCGAUGCCCGACGGCAGGAACUGCUCUCCAGCCUGCGUGACGCGGAAUCGCAUGCAGACGAGUUGAUUCGACGUCUGUCUGCGGCCAACGAGGCGGCAUGCAAACGCGAGGCCGAGUGGGAAGCCGAGCAAACGGAGGUGCUGAACCAUAACCUCGCCACUGGUCUGUCUCAGAGCACCCGACUGGCCAUACUUGGUGCGUGCCAGAUGCGCUUACCGCCCAUUUUAGCUCUCUUUUUCGUCCUUGUGCAUAUAAAUACGCGAUAGCUCAUCUGUCGUGGUUGACGAUGACCAUCUGCCUUCAAAACGGGUCACGUGGCAGAUGUGCUGGACCAACACGGGGACCAUAUUGGAUUCUGGCAGGCGUUAUCGGAUUGCACACCAUAACAAAUGCCAGUAUUUCGGAGUGCGGUGGCAGACCCGGUUGCCGGCAUACGUCGCGCACACUGGACACUUGCCAUCCCCCAUUGUUUUUGUUGGUCAAAAACCUGGUCAUUUGUUGUGUGGCCCAGGGGGUGUGGGGAAUGGAGCGCCAAGAUGCGGGCUAGACCGUGACAUUCAGCUGCGCCCUCUCCCGCCCCCGGUUUUCUUGACUUUGUCUUGACACCGGGUCCAGGUGGGGGAGGAGAGAGUGCGGUAGAUGCUGUGCAUGUCUACAUUCGCAUAUGUCACCGUCCCUGCUCUCACCGUGCUGUGAAGCACAUAGUGGACAUCGUCGACAACUACGGUCGAACUGUCGCAUCACAUAUCACACGCACAUCUUCACCAUCAACCUCAUCACUAUCAUUGUCAUUGUUAUCAUAGACACUGAUAGUCUGAACGUCUCAAGAUAUGAGGUCCAUCAUUGUCCCUAGGGCACUGCGGGGACAUGCGUCUGAAUUUGAUCGACGUACCUACUUCAUUCUGUAUUUCCGAAUCUAUCUCUCCCUCCACUAAGACGACAAAAUCAGAGCGACGGGAUGAGGGUGUGCGCAUAAUGACUGACAAAAUCAACCAGCCCGUCUGGACGGGCCACACACGACCUCAUCCCCAACUCCCCGCGGAUCCGGUUUCAAGAACAGAGGGACGCAUUAAGGAGGACCCAUUGCGAUCUGACCCUCGUCACUUGGCAGCCAUGCAGGUCACGGACUUUGGCGCGUCAGAUUUAUUUUAGGGAGGUAGGACUCCUGUCAUUUUCGACGUUAAAAACCAUGACACUGGGAUUGGCACACGAGUGAUGGGCGGUGCUCUAGUGUGUGCACAUAGAACACAACAGAGCCAUUCGGUGAUUGAAUGUUUGAGGACAGUGUGAACACAAGUGAUGUUGAUAUUUUACUGCUCAUUUUGCGCAUUCCUAUAGGACUGACCAAGCCACCAAGAUAUGCCUGAGUGUGCUUCUGCAGCGUGAGCACGGAAGGUGGACUUGACUGGUGUUAGUCGGCUCUUCAGACGCUGAUUCUCCAGCCGUGUCACCAGGGAUUUGCCGAUGUCCAAACAGAGCGAGAUAUUGUUGGCACGUGCGACCACGAUUGCAACAAGUUGAUGCUGUGUCAGCACUGUUGGCCAUGUCGCCAUUUCGGUGGUUGCGAAGGUAUUUGAAAGCAGAAUAAAGGAACAAAAACGUGCCAUUACAGAGAGAGAGAGAACAGGUGAAAGUGGUCUCACCGAUGAUACUGUUUUGUUUCGUGGGGAGGUUAAUUGGUUGCACUGCAGCUAAUCCGAAAACAGUCAGCAAGACUAAUCCGGACCUUGAAAGUGAGCUAACAGUGGUCCAACGUAUUAGCAGCGUUGUUCUCACGCCUGUUCCUUCGCCUUUUCCUCUGCCAUUCGCCACGUCCGUCAGUUGUAUACAAGCGCCCCCUUGGGCCCUUUGUUGGUUGGGUAGCACUCGUAGGAGGUCCUCGAGGUGACCCUGUAGCGCCUGUUUGUCCACCUUGCCUGCGAACAACCCUAGCGAAGAGUCACUCCGACAUGUCGUCGUCUGUCAACCUGACAGUGUGACCUCUCUAUCGGAGUUGAGCCUGGUUCAACAUGGCCUAGGUGCUCAGUCGCCUUAUGGACCUGGGUACUCGGGAUCUCUUCCUACCACUCCCUCUCUGUUUUUUCUUGCGGACAGCCUGACCGGAAGCUAUCUGGUUUACUCGCCUGGCCUUGACAAGCAGUUCUGGUCUUUACGCUAUCUGAGGACGUUUUCAGAAUGAUAUUCCUGCAAAUACAGUGCGUGACCGAUCUCAUGAAAUGUUGGCCAAAAUUCUGGAAUGCGUUUCCGAUUAGGAAGGAUUACUUAAGUGGAGUUUUUAUACCGAUUAGCAUACAGCAUAGCCCUAUAACAUUUCGGACUCGCCUGGAUGUCGGCUUUUGAAUGCACUUCUUUUUGACCUCCUGCAGAAACCACACUCGGUAAAAAAUGACUACUUAAGUAACAUGCAUUUUCCACAUUGAUUUUCGACGGUCUCAUAAAUUCAAAUAUAUUUUACAGAAGACAUGCACAAAAUAAGCUUUGUUUUGCUCAUUCGGUAGGAAAUCACAUUAUCCUCAUAUUUUACGCCCGAAGAAAGUACAUAUUUAGGCCUUACAAAAGUUUUUCAAUUCCCGAUUAAUUUUCAGCCUGAUCUGCCAUUGCAUCAGCGUUUAGCAAUUUCAGUCUACAAGAUGCAUGCUUUCCGCAUAAGGAAAAUCAUAUAUUCCUCAAUGUCUUUAAGAAGAUACCACAUAGAGUUCAUGAAAUUGUACAAUGGAUCCGGGCUAUGUUGUCCAUUUCAUGAGGAGCAUUAGCAACUGGACAUGUGCUGUCUUGCAUGCAUGGAUAUAGCGCGGUCUUAAAAAUCUCAUAAUUAUAAACUUUUUUAAAACUUUUUUAUAAACUCUUUUAUAAACGUUUUUUUCUUUGGUCAUAAAAUAUGAAGACAUUGUGAUUUCCUACCGAAUGAGCAAAACAAAGCUUAUUUUGUGCAUGUCUUCUGUAAAAUAUAUUUGAAUUUAUGAGACCAUCGAAAAUCAAUAGAAAAACCGCAUGCUACUUAAGUAGCCAUUUUUUACCGAGUGUGGUUUCUGCAUGAGUUCGAAAAGAAGUCCAUUCAAAAGCCGACAUCCAGGCGAGUCCGAAAUGUUAUAGGGCUAUGCUGUAUGAUAAUCGGUAUAACAACCCCACUUAAGUAAUCCUUCUUAAUCGUAAAAGCAUUCCAGAAUUUUGGCCGACAUUUCAUGAGAUCGGCCAUGCACUGUACUCAUCUUGGUAUUGAAAAGGUUGCCACAGUCAUCUCUGAGUGAGCCUUGUGACUUACCGAAAACUUGACACACUCUGGAGAGGAGCGUUGCAAUCUCGAAACUGAUUUUGAUGGUGCUAAUCAGAUAAAAUAAUGCGUCUACCCCUGCGAGACGGUUACUGCGAGUUCAGUUUAUUCGACAGUUGGCGCUGGUUUGUGCAGGACAACCGUGUUGUGCACGUUGAUUGGUAAUUCGAAGUAGGCGCAUGCGGGAGCGACCGUUUCAGAUAUCAUUGUACAGUGGAUGUGCUAUCCCAUGAAGUGUUCACCGAACUUUUAAAUUACGCUCUUGACUCAGAAAUAUUACUUAAGUAGGGUUGUAAUAUUAAUUGCCUUACAGCAUAAUCCCAAGCUAUCUCAGUCACACCAGCAUGCCGGCUUUUGAACGAGCUUAUUUCCGGCCGCUUGCAAAGACUGCACUUCGUAAAAAAUGACUACUUAAGUAGUGUGACCCAUAUUGAUUCUCGAUAUUCCUAUAAAUUCAAGUAUAUUUUAUGGAAAACACGCGUAAAAAUAUACUUUUAUUCAUUCAUUUGGUAGUACGUUGAUCUUUGUUAGAUAUUACACUUGAAGGGAAAGUAUAUUCGGAUAUUUAAAAAGUGUCUAAUUAUGAGACUUUUUAAGACCGUGAAGUGUUCAUUCAUGAAAUAUCGUUAUGCAGUAUGACCCAAAUCCACUUCAAAAUUUUAUGAACCCCAAUUGUCAUUUCCUUAAUAAGAAAAAUCAUACAUUCCUAUAUGCUAUUUGGAAAAUCCACAGAUUUUUUGGCAAAUUUUGAGUAAUUCAUAUUGACCCAACUGUGAAAAACUCGGCACCUCGGUGGGAUUCGAACCCACGCAGUAAGGGGAAGGCUUUAGUACAGCCAACGCUCUAACCACUUGAGCUACGAGGCCCCGCCGGACGACGCGAGUUUAAUCACAUUUGGGUCAUGUUACUCGCCCAAUCUAUUGCAACGUCUGGAAUCCACCAAAUCUGUUACAGUAAGUUGACAUUUUUGAAUUACGUGAGCCUGGGGGAUUCUGGGUGUAAUACCUAGGAAAUCCUCCUUGGACAGUUGCAGUAGGUUGGACGGAUAAACUUGAACCAAAUGCGAUUAAACUCGCGUCGUCCGGCCGGGCCUCGUAGCUCAAGUGGUUAGAGCGUUGCCUGUACUAAAGCCUUCCCCUUACUGCGUCUUUUCGAAUCCCACCGAGGCGCCGAGUUUUUUACAGUUGGGUCAAUAUGAAGUAGUCAAAAUCUGCCAAAUUCUGUUGAUUGUUCUAAUAGCGUAUAGAAAUGUAUGAUUUUCCUUAUACGGAAAAUAUACAGCUUGUAGUUUGGAGACCCUGAAUGCAGGUGUAACAGCAGGUCAGGUUAAAAUUCAUUUGCGAAUUGAAUAGUUUUAAAAAAAAAUAAACAACCGAGUUGUACUCUUUCUUUAAAUAAGAAAUCUUAUUGAGAUGUAAUUCACUAACAGAUAGGUAGAAGAACGAACUGAAGCACUGUUUUCUCGGAAUAAACUUGAACGAGGUAAAGGCGACGCAGCAUGCAGACUUUAAUGCCGCCAUAAAAUGUCGUGACCUCUUAGUCAAUUCCGUACGGUCAUUGCGUAUUUAUAAGGUAAACUGUUCAAUUAGAGGGCUGUCUAGAGGGAUGAAAUUUGAUAUAUAAAUAAACCAUAGACUGGUGAUCUGGUAUGCGACUGCGCAUGGCGAGGGGGAAGGAAGCUAUCCAAACAAGCGAGUUUACAUUACGGUGAAAGCAUGUCAGGCGUGAUUGAAACUUCAACGCGCGGGACAGCAGUCGGGUAGCAGCAUUCUUCGGCCUAAGCCUCCACUCUUUCCCCUUUUCUUGCCUAGACUCAAUGCAGGAGACUCUGCGCGCAUCUGAGGCUGUAAUCGCGAGGCAGAACCGGUCUCGCGAGAAUGCCAAGCAGAAACUGCAUACGGAUAAGGUGGACUCCGAGAAAGCCCUUGCCAAGGUGCUUGCCAGUCGAAGCUUGGACAAGCUAGACCUGACGGCUCGGGUCGCAGAUGAGGUACCAGUCUUGCAUUGUCUUGUAGGAUGCAGGCGGCCCAAUGUUUUAUCAACCACACUACCAACCAGAGGUAGAAUCGAGAACAGCCCAGUAGAGAAUGACUAGGGAGACGAUAACAACAACCACUUGUUGGCCUACUCACCAUUGUCAGCUAUCCAUACCUUUAAUUUAAACUUUCAGUACGUGACCGAUCUCAUGAAAUGUUGGCCAAAAUUCUGGAAUGCGUUUCCGAUUACGAAGGAUUACUUACGUGGAGAUGUUAUACUGAUUAUCAUGCAGCGUAACCCUAUAACAUUUCGGACUCGCCAGGAUGUCGGCUUUUGAAUGCACUUCUUUUUGACCUCCUUCAGGAACCACACUCGGUAAAAAAUAACUACUUAAGUGACACACAUUUUUCCUAUUGAUUUUCGAUGGUCUUAUAAAUUCAAAUAUAUUUUAUAGAGGACAUGCACAAAAUAUGCUUUCUUUUGCUCAUUUGGUAGAAAAUCAGCAAAGGGGUAAAAGAAAGCAUAUUUUUGCGCAUGCUUUCUGCAAAAUAUAUUUGAAUUUAUAAGACCACCGAAAAUCAAUGCGAAAAAUGCGUGCUACAUAAGUAGUCAUUGUUUACCAAGUGCGGUUUUUACAGGAGGUCAAAAAGAAGUGCGUUCAAAAUCCGACAUCCUGGCGAGUCCUAGCUGCUAUAGGAUUAUGUCGCAUAUUAAUCAAUAUUACAACCCCCGCCAAGUAAUCCCUCCCAAUCGAAACCGCAUUCCACAAUUUCAGCCAAUAUUUUAUGAGAUCGGUCACUCACUGUAUGUACGAGUAGAUAGGAGGAAAACCAAUCGCGCUGCGGUACCAUUUAUCUUUCUGAGCUUUCAAAUUAAUGCAGAAGUCCAUCGCCAGAGAUAAAAGCAGUAACAGAACAGGCGACAGUUAUAGGGGAUAUUAGCCAAUCAACGAGUGAUUCUGCAGGUCUGCAGGUGCAAGACUGUACGCCAACGGCCGAUCGAUGCAUCUAGUUGACCCCGGAUGAGAACUUAUUCAAUCAAUUUAUCGAUCUGGCGCCGGCAUACAUAGCCUUAGACAGUCAUCUCCAGACCUGCAGCACUGGUCGUGGAUUGGCAAAUAUUCCUCGUAACUGUCGCCCGUUCUAUUGCUUCUUUUAUCUCUGACGAUGAACUUUUGCAUUAGUUCAGGAGUUAAGAAAAAUGAACAAAUGGAUUUGCUGCCCGACCAAUCUUCCUUCUCCUUGCUUUUGUCCAUUUUGUGCUUAACCGCUCAAUCGUUUUGAUCUAUAGGACUCUAAGCGAGUUAAUUAAGCUAUCAGGCAGAGAAUACACUGUCAGAUGAAAAGUAACUGAAAAGAGGCAAGCAAAACUUGAUCUCUCUAAUCGUUUUGUGUUCUAGGAGGCCGAACAAAAAGAGGCCUUUAGACGGCUACAACAGCUCAGGGAUAUGCAAAGUCAGCGCAUCAUUCAGGAGAUCAGGCUGGUCGAACAAGAACUCUGUCGUCUGACGCAGGCUGAGCAGGAACGGAAGCGGGCCUCCUCCCAGCUGACCGUCUCCACACUUGCCGAGCAGCGCGGCAAACUCCUGCAGCUGCUACAAAGCCUGCAGAAGGCCAAAGAACGUCGGGAGACGGAGUUACAGAACCGUCUGGUAGGGCGGCCUUUCCUUUUUCAGCCAGCAAGCACUGUCUCCCAGACCACAUUUAAUAGCGGAUUUUUUAGUGCGCUUUUAUUUGUGACAAUAAUUGUCCCUCUUCCCGUUAUCCUAGGUGGAGUUAGAAGCACGCAAACUCCGCGACCAGACCGACUACUGGCUUGUGCAAUACCAGAGGCUAAUGGACAAGAAACCGACGGCCCUGCUUAGUGUGAGUUUCCAUCUUUUUAGGUAACCAUGUGGUGUGUGACAAGUAGGCUUUUCUGUCCUUCAAGUGCAGCGCGCCCGGCCGUUCCUCUGCCCUAUAAAUGUCAUAAAUUAUGCCUACUUACAAGUUUUACGUAGCACUUUCACGCAGCAUUUAAACAGGAGGCCGCUACUCUGAGCCUCGUCUUUUUAGCCUGUCUGUUGGUGAAGAAUGGAACCAUGAUUUUUAUAGUCCGUGGGAGGGAUUCGGACAAAAAGCUAGUCCUUAAACAACCAGUAGAGCCACAAAGAUUGGCUUAUACUGUUUCCUUCCUAUUCCUGUACCGUGACUAAGCCUAAGAAUUUAAUAAUUACACAUACACCACCCCCCGGGUUAGAUAAUGGGUCUCCCUGCUAUGCCUUUAUGUUGGGCUUCCAUAUGAAAAAAGCAGACAUUUUCCCGAAAGUAGUUGGGUUUUUGCUUUUUUAAAAAAUAUAUUCUGAGUACCGUUUUAUUUUAAUGAAACAGACUGUGAUCGCAGAAACGUUUAUUCUAAAAUCUCUGUAGGAAGGAAAAGUGGACAAUGGCGGAGAAAUCAGUGCCGAAAUAUGGCAGGAAAUUCCUCGACCCGUUAGCCAACUGUGGACAGCGCCGAGUUUUUCACAGUUGGGUCAAUAGGAAUUAUUCAAAAUCUGCCAAAAUACCUAUGAAUUAAGUGAGCCUGGUAGUCAUCUGGUGGGUUCUAGGUGAAUUACUUAGGAAAUCCUGCUUGGGCAGUCAACUUACCGUAUCAGAUUUGGUGGAUUCCAGACGUUGCAGUAGGUUGGGCGGGUAAACUUGACCCAAAUGUGAUUAAACUCGAGUCGUCUGGCGGGGCCUCGUAGCUCGAGUGGUUAGAGCGUUGGCUGUACUAAGGCCUUCACAUAUUUAUAUGCCAUUGGAUGUUGUAAUGUGAAACCUAGAGUUAAGGUGGUGCCUUUUAUAGCCUAUCAUCCCCAUGCCGUUUAUCACCUUGAACGCUACAUUUUUGAUAGACUUCGCAAAGGUCUAUAGCAUCUCAAAUAUUAUGUACAGUCGAAUAAGAGGUCUUGGGAUUUAAUGUGUCAUUUGAAUUCCACUUCCGUUACAAUUUUCGAUGUGAUCAGGUUUGUUCUGAAUAAAGGAAACCUGUUUAAAAACAAGAAACCCGUUUUGCCGAUUAUUUUAAACACUGCACAUUCAUUUCAAAAAGUUUAUAACUUAACCCUAGCAUCAUUCCUUCCGACAGAAGUCCUUACUGAUUGCUGCGAAGACGUCAGCAGUUUCUUAGAUUGAUUCAUCUUCCCCAGUUUUUUGGUUUUAUGCUAUUAACUUAUCUAAAAUUGUUCAUGUCCGUCUCGAAAUUAGCAGAGGGUUUUAUUAACCUCCUGGACAUAAGCUACAAAUAGGCAGAAUGGCAUUACCGACAAAGACAAGGGAGACUUUGUCGGUAAUGCCAUUCUGCCUUUAUCAUGCGCCGCUGUGCGGCUGCUGGUUGGGCUGGAGUGAGAGCCCGUAAGGCACAACGGAACGAGUGAGUUCCGUAAGAACGAUCGGUGAGCGCCCCCUACUAUUAUAAGCUACAAAGUUGACAUGUUCCAAUCGAUACAUAUGGGAGUCUAUAGCAACAUUUGGUCCGUGGCUUCUAGCCCACCCGAAAGUCUAGAAGACAGCUGAGGACUGCACACAUGUCCUUUUAGAAUCGGCCCCGGCAGUCACUGAUUCGGGUAAUUUUUAUCCAGCCUUGAUCACUUCCCAUCAAUGCUGCAAAUAGGAAACUUCACUUCAAGAAACUGGGUUAUUGAUGAGCAGCGCUUAAUUUCACCGCCUGCUGUACUUUUCCACCCAUUUCCUGUGUGCACAGGAGCAACUUAUUGAUCCCGAUGUGUACAAGAUCCUUGAAGCCGCCGAUGCUAUGGACUAUGCUGCUAACUUCGAGUACCAUCGCAUCACCUCUGACAUGCUGCUGUCCUUCACUGAUGCUGAUCUGGUUCAGGUACCUUGUUGCCUUCUUUUUCUCUGA